CUGACGGAGUACACAUCGUAGUCUACGUAUUGAAAAAUAAGAAUAGCGGUUAAAAUGUGUGUGUGAAAGCUUCUGCCUCAGAGUCGUACAAUGGGUCAAACUGGACUUAUUUGAUGAGCAAUUGAAUCACUGCAUUUGCCUACAAAGAAAUCCUUGAUUUUUGGCUUCACAAUGGGAGAACGAGGACAAAGGCGCCGAGUGAAGUGCUGGUGGCUUGUCGGGAUUUUGUUGCUGUGUUUUGUGGAGCGGAUUUUGGCUCAGCUAAGAUACUCUGUUCCAGAAGAAAUACAAGUGGGAUCACCUGUUGGAAACGUUGCAAAGGAUUUAGGGCUUGACAUUGGUACUUUAAAAGACAGGCGGUUUCGCAUUGUUUCGGGACCCAAUCACUCUCUGUUUCAGUUAAAUCAAAACAAUGGAGUGUUGUAUGUUGGACAAAUAAUGGACCGGGAGGAGCUCUGUGGUGGAAACAAGGUCUGUUUGAUAAAUCUGAAAAUUGUUGUUGAAAGUCCGCUGGAAAUACAUUACGUUGGUGUUGAAAUAACGGAUGUUAAUGACCAUUCACCCACUUUCCCAGAACGCGAGCAGCGCCUGGAAAUAGCGGAGCACACUCCCCCGGGUACUCGUUUCCAAAUUCAUGCGGCGAGAGACCCCGAUGUCGGUACCCAGUCAGUCCGAUUAUAUAAAUUGAGUCCAAAUGAUUUUUUUGAUAUCGAAAUCAGAGAGAGCGAGGAAGACAAGAUACCGUCUUUAGUGCUGAAAAAGGCGUUGGAUAGGGAGCAAAAGGCAGAACAUCAUUUCAUGUUAACAGCUCUUGAUGGUGGCAGUCCGCCGAAAUCUGGGAGCCUGAAUUUAACCAUAACUGUGCUGGAUACAAAUGAUAAUCGACCUGUGUUCAGUAAAGAUAUAUAUACUGUGUCAUUAGAUGAAAAUGCCCCGAUUGGAACACUUGUCAUACAAAUAAACGCUACAGAUUUAGAUGAAGGUUUAAACAGUGAUAUUGUAUACAUAUUUGGAAAAACGCAAAAGAAAAAAGCGCAUGACACAUUUGAAUUAGACAGCGUCACUGGAGAGAUUCGAGUGAAAGGAAACGUGGACUUUGAGGACACGGAGGUUUACAGACUAGAUUUGCAGGCUUCAGAUAAAGGUCAGCUACCAUGGACCGCUGAAAGUAGAGUUGUGAUAAAAAUAAAAGACGUGAACGACAAUAAGCCAGAUAUUGAAGUAACGUCACUGUCUAACGUAGUCCCAGAAGAUUCAAAGCCUGGCACGGUUAUCUCUCUCAUCAGUGUUACUGACAGAGAUUCAGGCAUGAAUGGGAAAGUUAAUUGUAAAAUCUCAGGUAAUGUUCCGUUUGAUUUGACGACUUCCAUUGAGGAAAACAUGUACUCUCUUGUCACAAAGGGGCGUUUAGACCGAGAGACUCUGUCCCAUUAUGACAUCACAAUAACAGCUACCGACUGUGGUGAACCUCCACUUUCCACUGUAAAAACCUUGAGUGUUCAGGUGUCUGACGUGAAUGACAACAGACCAAAUUUC